UCGUGGCGUACAUCAUCACAUUAUCACAUAAUGUUUCUUUGAUCGAACCGCACAGCAACUACGAAUUCACUUCCAUCAUGGCCUUCGUCUGCCUUUUCUUGCUGUUCCCGCUCUUCCUUUUGAAUAUUCUAGCAACAAUGUUUUUCAGUCUAUCAAGCGUUGGCAACUCGCCAAUGCCGAUGCUGGGUGUGUGAUCCAAAAAGUGCAUCUAAGCUGGCGCUGCUGAUGAACGCUUAACUGUGGAUACCGGAAACAAAAUCGGCGUCCGCGUCUACAUACCGAUUAUGAUUUCAAAAUCGUGUGUUUUUAUGACAGAUGUUUUUUGGAAGCCAUAUGUCAAUAUGGCUUAAUGGAACCCAGUAUGGCACCUUGUAAUAGUAUAGUUGGCCAAAGGUAUAAAACUUAUUUCCAGUAGAAACAAUUUUUAUUGUUUGAUGGGUCUGUGGCCUGUGCAAUAUAAUUGUAUUACUCUAGUUGUUUGGUCUGCUACGUUUUUAGAGAUCUGGGAUUGUAUCGUAAGGAGUUUUUAGUUAUCUGGUGUCCAUUGUUUUGUUACUUUUGUUUGUGGGUGUCGGUUGCUUCGUCUCGGUGUGCAAUGUGCAUACACUAUUGUUGAGAUUGUUGGUAGUCUUGCGACAGUUAUUUGCUGUUCUUUGCCGUUGCAACUGAGAUAUAUGCGACAAAGGUGCUGUGAAAUGCAGUUGUUUAAAACUGCCCUACUGUAUCGAGUUAUUUCAUCAAUAUCAUACUAUGGAAAUAGAUGGAAGUAUAGAUUAGAAGUAAAAGUGAAAGCGAUUAGUCACUUUUCCAAAGUUCGAAUUAACUCAUUAUACGAUUUUAGUAGUUCGGUUUAUGACUUUUUGAAGACGUGGUACGGCGCCCUUCAUGCAAUCAAACACCAUGGUGCUCCAGACGUCUGAUUACAAUUAGCUGAAGGGCAUAUCUUUUUAUAAAAUGACUCAGGACUUACAUGUCAGGCUGCAAGUUUAUGUCGAUAUACUGUCACAAAAUAACAAGAAAUUCUACGAAACUUUGUAAAGGGCUUUUAGACUGUGAUUAAGGACACUAUUUAGGCCACCGAUAAAUUUACCAGCACUGCAGCUAAGCGCAUUAACAGGUAUAUACGUAGAUUCAAAAUAUUUAAUGCUAACAGUUUAAUAGAACUGAAAACCACUUGCGCUGGCGAAACCAGAAAAGCUACAAUAAUGGACUUGUGCUUACUGAUCACUUGUAACUGCAUAAAAAUCAGUGCAUGUGUGGUCAGUUUCGAAACGCUCAAAUUAAAUCUACCGGAAGUGAUUGUAAAGCGAUCACUUGCGGUAAUUUUCGCAGCGGUUCCAUUCGCUACUUAUCGACUUUUUAAGCUCGUCCCGGCAUGUUUAAUUUUUUUCUGCUAAGAUUAAGGCUUCUGUUUGAUGCUACACUAGCAACUUCCUCGAGGUUGGUUCAGUAUAUAUAUAAGCAAAUCCGCAAGAAACUGAAAUAUGAUUUUCAUAGUGUGUCGUUUUUUCUCUGGCGCAAAGUUUAAUACCGUUGUACACAUACUCCGUUCAGGAACCACUAUCAGUGCAUUGCAAAAUGGGCCUUCCAUGUCAAAGGUCAUCCUCGCAUUUUGCCUUUGUGAUCUUUCUCUUCAUAAGCAUCACGAACGUGUUUGCCGGCGAUGAUGGAGUGUGGCCCGAAUACCCCAGUUUUCCAUCCUUCAGAUCAAUGGCGAACAUGUUUUCGCAACCCCUUGCUACUUACCGAAACAGUGCGAUGCGCCGAAAUGGCCGAAUCGUUAAUGCUGGUCCACAACCUCCGUUUGUUCUUUACGGAGCGCAUCCGUUACCUCCCGCUUGUGCCGAAUCUCCUAGCUUGUCAUAUUGCGCAGUGGAUCAGGAAUACCCAAGCGAGCUGAUAACAAGCUGCUUACUGGAGAAUGUUGACCUUUUCAAACAACUGCGCUCCAAAGUGCAGUGGUCGUGCGAAGAAUUUCCAGAUGAACUGCUGUUUUCUAAAGAACCGUCCACGUACAUGACGACAACCGAUGCGGCUCCGGAUGCCGAAAACCCCGCCGAACCGGAAACCUCGCAGCCGAUUCGUUCACGAAACAUCGUGCCGAAACCACGAUCGACGCAAGAACGGUUGAUGCAGUCCGGGAAAACUUCGUCUUUCUCGCAGAGGCGUGUUGAUCAGCGGCGUGGAAAACGUGACGAUUCUUCUGGAGAUCCAUACGGAUACUCCCGACUGAUGUUUCCAAUGUCCAAAUUUAAUUAUACGUACGAAGUUUGCCCAUCCGUGGUGAAGGCGGCGGUUGGAAUUGUCAAAGCGCGAACUGAAAACCGCGAGUGGAUGCCGUUAGUGCAAAUGGGUGACUGUAAGCAGAUUGUGAGAAUGGAGGAAUGUCUUCGGCCCGAUGAACCCUGCGAACAUCUCUGCAGCAAUCUGAAGAGCUACUGUCAACAGCGCUUUUAUAUCCAACAGCUUCUCACUUGCACACCCGCAAGAGGACUGCAUCUGGAAUGGUUCGAAAUUCCUGCUUCAUGUGGCUGUCAGGUGGAACUCGGAAUGGCGACCAGUGCCACUACGCCAGAUCCCAACAACGACCGCUAACGAAGGAUGUAGUGUAGUAUGUAAAUUCCCGUCAACAAUUGGAUAUGUUUACAAAACGUAUCAAUUCGAUAACUUCAAUAUCCCAAGUUUCGCAAACCAUUAAUAAAUAUUUCAUGUUA